AUGAAUACCGAGCGCAAGGCCAGUAUAGCACUGGCUCCCGGGAAGCCGCCGGGAGCCUCCGCGAAGGUGGGCGGAAGCUUUCCGCCAAGACGAGGGAAGCGGGCGGGCAGGAAACGGGGCCCGCUCGGGCGGGAGGAAGACGAAUUCCCAGCCCCCCGGCCUCGGGGCGCCGGCCCGGCCGCGCAUGCGCGGAGCCGGCCCGCAGUCCCGGGCGAGCGAGGGAGGGGAGAGGAGAGGGGAGGGGGCCCCGAGCGGCCGGGAGGCUGCGAGCGCGGCGGGAGCCGAGGGCGAGCGGGGGCGCGGCGGCGGCCGGGGCGACCGGGCUGUGGAGGGGACCCCGAGAGCGUGGAGCGGCCCGGCGGGGACUCGGCCGCACGCAGGCCCUCGAGGGCCCCGCCGAGCCCGGCGCGGGAGGGAUGCGGAGAUGAAACCCUGCAAGUCGUUGGGAAAAAGCUGCAGCUCGCCCCGGGGCCCGGGAGCAGAGGGGAGGGAACUCCGCCACCUUCUCGGGACGUGAGGCGACCGCUAGCUCCGUGGAGCGGGGCCGGAGGGGCGCCCGUCCGGCCGCGCGGAGAGGGUGCCGGGGUCGGCGGCGGGGAGCGCGCGCCGCCGCCGCUGAAGUGGCCCUGUCCCCCUCGCAGGGUGCGCCCGCGGAGCCCGCUAGGCUCGGAUCGCGGCGCCGCGGCCACGACGAUGGAUGAGCCGUGGUGGGAAGGACGCGUCGCCGCGGACGUCCACUGCACCCUGCGCGAGAAGGAACUGAAGCUGCCUGCCUUCCGCGCCCACUCUCCGCUCCUGAAGAGCCGCCGGUUCUUUGUCGACAUCGUGACCCUGCUGAGCAGCCACUGCCAGCUGUGCCCCGCAGCCCGGCACCUGGCCGUCUACCUGCUGGACCACUUCAUGGAUCGCUACAACAUCUCCACCUCCAAGCACCUGUACACCGUGGCUGUCUCCUGCCUCCUGCUCGCAAGUAAGUUCGAGGACAGGGAAGACCACGUCCCCAAGUUGGAGCAGAUAAACAGCACUCGGAUGCUGAGCAGCCAGAACGUCACGCUCACCAAGAAGGAGCUGCUGAGCACAGAGCUGCUGCUCCUGGAAGCCUUUGGUUGGAACCUCUGCCUGCCCACGCCUGCCCACUUCCUGGACUACUACCUCUUGGCCUCCGUCAGUCAGAAGGACCACCACUGCCACAGCUGGCCCAGCACCUGCCCCCGCAAGACCAAAGAGUGCCUCAAGGAAUAUGCCCACUACUUCCUAGAGGUCACCUUGCAAGACCAUGUUUUCUACAAGUUCCAGCCGUCUGUGGUCGCUGCCGCCUGUGUCGGGGCCUCUCGGAUCUGCCUGCAGCUCUCUCCCUACUGGACCCGAGACCUGCAGAGGGUCUCUCACUACUCGCCCGAGCAGCUCAGCGUCUGCAUUGAAAUCCUGCUGGUAACUUAUGACAAUGUUUUGAAGGACGCUGUCGCAGUCAAGAGCCAGGCCUUGGCCAUGGUCCCUGGCACGCCUCCCGCCGCUUCCCAGGUGCUUUUUCAGCCGCCCACCGCCUACUCCACCCUCAGCCAGCCACCGUCGCUCCUGGCUGCGUGCCAGCCCCCUGUGCAAGACCUGUGCUUGGCCUACCGUGACUCGCUGCGGGCCCCCCGCCCGGGGAACCUGCUCUCGGGGGGCACGAGCUCAUUCCUGCACAUGCCAUACUCUGCCCUCCAGCCCUUGGACGUGUGCCCCGUGCCCCUGCCAGCGUCCCUCAGCAUGCAGAUGGCCAUCACAGCCGAGCCCAGGCACUGCCUGGCCUCCACCUAUGGGGGCAGCUACUUCAGUGGGAGCCAUGUGUUCCCCACGGGUUGUUUUGACAGAUAGAGCACCGGGGGCUACCUGGGAGAACUCGGAGAGCCAGCAGAGGAAGGGGAGGUCAGCGGAGUGAGGCCACAAGCAGCCUUCCCCUCAGGGCCUCCUGGACCUUGAACAUACUGGGCUUGCGCUCUUUCCACACACAACUCAUGCCGAGAGAAGAUUCCGUGCUAGACCUCACCUGAACACAUGCCUCUGAAAAUUGUCUUCCCCACGCGCACUGAGGGGCCAGGCUGCGGACCUCAAGCACUGGGCCAAGUUAAUCAAGAAAGACCUGGCAAGAAGCCAGGACGCGGGGAACUGGACGCCAGCCACAUGCCCUGAGCAUGCCCAGUUGUUAGUUUCAGAGAGCUACACUUUGCCGAUGGCAGCUGUACCACCCUGACCAGGGAGGGGCAGCCUGGCGUGGUCUCAGGAUCCUCGGAAAAUGUCCACUUUGGUGCUCUCUCCCUGGCUUCCU